GCCCGCCGCCGCGACAUGGCCGCCGGCCGCCGCCUCCCGCUGCCCGCGCUGCUGCUGCCGCUGGCCUGUGCCGCGCUGGCGCCGCGCGGCCUCACAGAGAAGCAGCGCGCCUGCCUGCUGCCCCCCGACGACGGGCCGUGCCGCGCCCUGGUGCCGCGCUGGUACUACGACAGGUACACGCAGAGCUGCCAGGAGUUCAGCUACGGCGGCUGCCACGGCAACGCCAACAACUUCCUCAGCUACGACGACUGCGAGAAGAGCUGCUGGACCAUCAAGAAGGUGCCUAAACUGUGCCGGAUGGAGGCUGACACAGGGCCCUGCCGAGGACACAUAAGAAGAUACGCUUUCAACUUGAGUUCAAUGAGGUGUGAGGAGUUUGUCUACGGGGGCUGCUACGGGAACGGCAACAACUUCAAGGACCUGCAGUCCUGUGUGGAUCACUGUCUGCCAGAGAAAACUGGCCCCUUGUUAUGCUAUAGCCCAAAAGAUGAAGGAUUGUGCUCCUCUUCUGUGCCCCGUUAUUACUAUGACGCCACGAGUAAAUCGUGCAAGGAGUUCAAGUACACUGGCUGUGGUGGAAAUGCCAACAACUUUGUUACUGAAGUAGAUUGCUACAAUGUCUGUAGAAAAGCAGGGAGUCAGAAGCCAACCAUCAACAAGCCAAGAAAUCUACUCCGCAGAAAAAUGUUGAGAAAACUGAUCAAAAAGCCUCAGACACGUAACCCAAAGUCUUAAAUCUAAUGUGCCUUUGUGUGUUUGAAACACUUUGACUCUUUUUUUUUUUUUUGUAUUAUAGUUUCCACAGAUUUAUACAUUGACAUAUAGUUCUGUCUUUCAGAACUGCUUGUUUUCCAACUUACUUUUUAUAAAGGACUGCGUUUAAUAGAAGCAGAAUGAACCUAAUUGUGGUUCUUCUACUCUGUUGUAUUCACAGUAAUACUUUGCCAGAUAUUUAGAUUUCCAUGUUUUUAUGGGGGAAUGUUACUACUGCCUUGGGAGAAUAUUUCAGCUGUUAAAAUCAGUUAAGAUUUGAAAAAAGUUGUCUUAGUUACACUAAGGAGAAUACAAAGCAAAGUCUCUGCAAUGGAAUUUUUUCUUUUUAUAUAUCUUCUGCUUGCUAAAGAGAGGGAACCUUUCAGAAGUGUGUUCAGAGGUUCGUAGCCCUGCCAUUUCACAUAUUUUGACACUGUCUUUACAGUCUUUACCCUUUACAGUUGCAUUGAUUGUCAAAACCUUUCAGCCUUUGUAACAAGAAAUAUAAACAUAAAUGGUUCAUCCCACAAAAGAGAAUUGGAAUUAGGGAUAUUUCGCCAAAUACUCCAAUCAAAGACAGUGAGUAACCUACCUGAGUAUUAAAAGGAAAAUGUAGAUGUUACUUAGUUGAAAUUUCAAACAUCAUGACAAAGUCAUGCUCCAGAUCCUCUUGUGACAUACAUCAGUAUUUUUCUUUUUUUUUUUUUAAUUAAACACACUGAACAUAUCUGUUGAAAGUCGUGAUAGUGAUGUUUGUGGGAUGUGCUAAAAAAAUCCAGAAGCUUCUGCAAAUCUCACAUAAUCUGAGGCACUGUUGUAUUUCUCAUGUUAGAUUAUGCCUGUGGCAAUAUAUUGCACUUUCACAUUUUGUGUUUGA